UCAUCAUAAACUCUUCCCUCAAUGUGCCAUCCCAGGGACCAGGAGCCAGGUGAUUAUCCUAAUUAAUGCCUAUCUAAUUAAAUUACUGUCAUCAGCUAACCAAUGGCAGCAGGCGUCUCAUCCUCCUCCAGUGCAGAAGGAUCACAAGUGACUGUUGUCUUAUUGCUGCAAAUCGUCAAUUGGCCAAUCUGUGCGCCCAAAGAAAAAGUGGAACAAAGCUCUGGGAGGCAAGGCAAUGAUGAAGAGUGCUGGGCUAGGACAUUAAUUGUUCCCUUGGAUCUGUGCCUCUUCUUUUUUAUUUUUUUUGUUAAGGGCUUUUUUCCAAUAACAGGGGGCUGAGGGGUUAGUUGGGUGCUAGCUAUGCAGCUGGAUCAUUGCAUCUCUCCUUCUAUCAUGCUCUCCAAGAAAUUCCUCAGUGUGAGCGCCAGUUACCCCCAUCCGGGCACUUCUGAGCUUGCUUUGCAUGAUCAUCCCAUUAUCUCUACUUCUGACAACCUGGAGAGAAGUUCACCUCUGAAAAAAACGAGCAGGGGGAUGACGAAUCAGUCAGACAAUUUCCCUGACUCCAAGGAGGCACCAGGGGACGGCCAGAGGAGUAAGCUGUCUCCUGUCUUGGAUGGGCUUCCUGAGAUUCGUCAUAAUUUCGAUGGAUCAGCAGCAGAUCGCUAUCUCCUCCCUCAGUCCACUCAGUCCCAUUCUGCAGCCGCGGCUCCCACUUCUACCAGCACCACCAUGUUCCCCUACCCGAGCCAACAUGGACCUGCUCACCCAGCCUUCUCCAUCGGAAGCCCCAGCAGAUACAUGGCUCACCACUCAGUCAUCGCCAAUGGAGCUUACAACAGCCUGCUUGGCAAUUCUUCCCCACAAGCCUACCCUGGCACCGGAUACCCCUACACCCAGCAGUAUGGGCACUCCUACCAAGGGGCACCUUUCUACCAGUUCUCCACCGCCCAACCUGGACUGGUACCGGGCAAGGCGCAGGUCUACCUCUGCAACCGGCCACUAUGGCUCAAAUUCCACCGGCACCAGACCGAGAUGAUUAUCACCAAGCAAGGAAGACGCAUGUUCCCAUUCCUGAGUUUUAACAUCUCCGGCCUGGACCCCACAGCCCACUACAAUAUCUUUGUAGACGUGAUACUGGCUGAUCCCAAUCACUGGAGAUUUCAAGGGGGCAAGUGGGUGCCUUGUGGAAAGGCGGACACCAAUGUACAAGGUAACAGGGUGUACAUGCAUCCGGACUCUCCCAACACAGGAGCCCAUUGGAUGAGACAGGAGAUCUCAUUUGGGAAGAUGAAGCUCACUAAUAACAAGGGGGCUUCCAAUAACACCGGCCAGAUGGUCGUCUUACAGUCUUUGCACAAGUACCAGCCGCGGCUGCAUGUGGUGGAAGUGAAUGAAGAUGGCACAGAGGAUACCAGCCAGCCUGGCAGAGUGCAGACCUUCACAUUCCCGGAGACCCAAUUCAUCGCAGUCACUGCCUACCAGAACACCGAUAUCACUCAACUCAAAAUUGACCAUAACCCCUUUGCCAAAGGAUUUCGGGAUAACUAUGACACGAUCUACACUGGCUGUGAUCUAGACCGACUCACCCCAUCACCCAAUGAUUCUCCCAGGUCCCAGAUAGUGCCCGGUGCUCGUUACGCCAUGGCCAGCUCGUUUCUGCAAGACCAGUUUGUCACCAACUAUGCCAAGUCCCGUUUCCACCCCCCGGGGUCGAUACCAGGACCAGGGACAGAUCGCAGUGUCCCCCAUACUAAUGGUUUACUAUCCCCUCAGCAAGGUGAGGACCCUGGGGCCCCCUCUCCUCAGCGCUGGUUUGUUACCCCGGCUAAUAACAGGUUGGACUUCACCACUGCUUCUGCUUAUGACACCGCCACAGACUUUGCCGGCAAUGCCGCCACACUGUUGUCUUACGCGGCGGCGGGAGUUAAGGCACUUCCCUUGUCUACGGCUGGUUGCGCUGGGCGUCCCCUUGGCUACUACAGCGAUCCUACAGGGUGGGGAGCGCGGAGCCCGCCACAGUAUUGCACCAAGACGGGCUCUGUUCUCUCCUGUUGGGCCCCAGGGGCCAGGGUAGGCGCUGCAAACCCCUACCUGUCUGGGGCAGACGACACCGACAGCUUAGCCACAGAUAGGUCUCCUUUAGGUGAGGACUCCAAACCCAAAGACCUAUCCGACUCCAGCUGGAUUGAGACACCACCCUCAAUCAAAUCUAUGGACUCCUCUGACUCCGGAAUUUAUGAGCAGGCCAAGAGAAGGCGGCUCUCACCCUCUGACCCGGCAGUGUCUGGCAGUUCCUCACCCCUAAAAAGUGAAGUUCUACCCACUAGGGACUGUGAAAAGAACUGUGCCAAGGACCUUGGCUACUAUGGCUUUUACACUCAUACCUAAACAAUCCACUGUCUCUCAGCCAAGGUCUGCUACCUUGAGGACUUUCCAAUGACCGAGUUCUUGGCCAAUGUCUUAGGACUUGCAGAUACUUCAUCUAUGUCAUAGAAUGGGUUCUGCAUUGAGCAGAAAGCGUUGACCACCGGCCACAGACCGUUUGCUUGCCACGUUAAGAACACUCUAUUGAGUAACAGCACUGACACCUCAGCUAUAAUUCUAGUUUCCCCCACUUAUCUUCAUGGUCAUCUGCACUGCAGCACAAGUCACGCCAUAGGCGUCAACUAUAGGAAUAAAUCACCUCCGCGGACUGCCGCGGCAGUUCAGCACUGCGGACAGCAGCCUCAGUUUCAGCACCGCGGACAGCAGCAGUUUCAGCACCGCUUCAGCUCUAUGGACAUCACAGGUUCAGCACCUUGAAGAACCAUCGACUUCUUUUGCAGCAACUUGGAUGAACUCAGCUGCCUGCUCAUGGUUUAUUCCUCUGUAGCAAGUCUUAUAGGAGGUUGCCUGCUCUGAACACCAACCCUAUACAGCGCUUCCUCCCAUGGCCAUUACCAUUCAUGGUAGGAAAUGUUCAACAAACUUACAAUUAUCCUCCCAAAUGACUGUCAUUUUGUAACUUUUGUGAAGUCGCCAGCACAGCUAAAAAA